AUGAGUUCAUUAAUUUUCAGGGCAAUAUUUACUUUCGGAAUAAAUGCGCUAAAUGGAAAAACGAUUGAGGAAGGCAGUACUGGUUUUGGUCCGGCGAAUGAUACACUUGUUGCCAAGGGUCGUUGGGAUUAUUCGAAUGUUGAAUCGUUUAUUCGUUACACUGUCGAAAAGGGUUACAAUGUGUUUGCUUGGGAUCUUGCGGUUGUGGCGGUCGAUAUAUCGGCCGCCAUAUCGGUAUCGGUUAUAAACCUUUACGAUUUUGUUGAGGCGGUUUGGAAUAUCGGGAAUGAAUUAGGUGGAAUCGCAAUAUAUCUUUUCGUGGAUGCGGAGCAGUAUGCCCGAGACGCGAAGCUUCUGAAGGAAACAGGAACAUCGGCGGUUGGCUGGGUUAGCGAGUCUGGAGGAGCUUAUAAUAGUGGUCGUGAUGGAGUAACAAACACCUUUGUCUUUAGUUUUUGGUAUUUGGACAUACUCGGUAUGGCAGAAACUUAUGACACUAAGGUGUUUUGUCGACAGACAUUAGUCGGAGGCUACUACAGUUUACUUGACACCACCACAUUUCUUCCAAAUCCCGAUUACUACAGAUUUGAAGGAAGUGGUAAGAUCCGUGCAUAUGCUCAUUGCGCAAAGAAUCCUCAUGGAGUUGUCGUAUUGCUCAUAAACCUAGACGGCAACACAACUGCCGAGGUAAAGCUUUCAUUGUCUGAAAACGAUGACGGUGAACGACUAUUUGAUUUUAGACAAGAGUACCACCUCACCCCUUUGGAAGGGAACAUACAAAGCAAGACCGUUUUACUCAACGGUAAACCAUUGAUCGUGGAUAUAUUCAUCUGGCGCUAUACCUAUCAUGGAACCCGUUGA